AUGGCGACUCAAGUUGAAACAACAUCAUCCUUUGGCUCCAAUAACAAAACCAAGUAUAGAUAUGAUGUUUUUCUGAGUUUUAGAGGUGAAGAUACUCGCCGCACCUUCACUGUGCCUCUCUACAAUGCUUUGCGAUGUAAGGGAAUCAAUGCCUUCAUUGACGACAGGAAGCUUGGCAAAGGGGAAGAGAUCUCACCUACGCUUCUUAGAGCCAUUGAGAGAUCGAGAAUUUCCUUCAUUGUGUUCUCUAGGAACUAUGCUACUUCCACAUGGUGCCUAGAGGAACUCGCCCAUAUCAUUUGGUGUCAGAAGCAGAAGAACCAGCUGGUUAUGCCCAUCUUUUACAAGGUGGAUCCGUUGGAUGUUCAGUAUCAGAAAAAUAGCUUUCAGGAAGCCAUGGCUGCUCUUGAAGAUAGGUUCAGAGAUGACUUGGAGAAAGUGCACAAAUGGAGAUCUGCUUUGUUUGAAGCUGCUAGCUUAUCACCAGCAUGGCUUUUCGAAGAAGAUGGAUACGACGAAGGUGAAUUUAUUGAAGGUAUUGCUGAAGAUGCAUACGCUAGGCUGCCUCCUAAACGCUUCCAUAACGAUGAUUACAUCGUUGGACUUGAGCCCCGUAUAGAAGAAGUCAUGUCACUUUUGGAUGAGUCUGAUAACAGUGUUUCUAUGUUGGGGAUUCAUGGAGCUGGUGGAAUUGGAAAACAACCCUUGCAAAAGCCAUCUAUAACUCAAUCUUCUUCUAUUUUGAAGGUGCUUGUUUUUUAUUUGAUGUCAGAGAAGCGUCAAAGAAAUAUCAGGGUGUUGUCCGCCUUCAACAAACACUUCUAUCAGAAGUUCUUGAGGAAAGGAAGAUGA